AUGGCAUCCACAACUACCUUCCCCAAUCUCCCAGCAGAGAUCCACCUAAUGAUCUGCGAGUACCUUGACCCUGCCUCGGCAGUGGCUUUGAAAAACGCGACUAAACGCCUACGGUCCGCCCUUAUUGUCAAGGAUCCAAAGUAUUUCAAGUCCAAGGACUUUGACAUCUAUUACAUGAAGCUAGAAAUGUGGCCGGAAUACGCAGGCUACUUUUUUUGCUUCGAAUGUUGGGUAUUCCAGCCAACCAACAAUUUCACCGAAGACCAAGUCACGGGCAAGUGCGGAAAGAAUGGGUAUGCAGCGUCGAGGAGAUUCUGCAUGUCCUGCGGCGCGAAUGGAGGCACAUAUCAUCCCUACGAUAACAACAUGAUGGACGACCAGAUGGCCUAUUACUACCGCCACCUGCAGUGA